AGGGACUAGGCCGGGUGCCCAUGGCGUUCGCACUGCUGCGCCCCGUCGGCGCGCACGUGCUGUACCCGGACGUGCGACUGUUGAGCGAGGACGAGGAGAACCGGAGCGAAAGCGACGCCUCCGAUCAGUCGUUCGGCUGCUGCGAGGGCCUGGAGGCGGCACGGCGCGGCCCGGGCCCCGGGGGCGGGCGGCGGGCGGCGGGCAGCGCCGGCCCGGUGGUGGUGGUGCGACAGCGGCAGGCGGCCAACGCGCGGGAGCGGGACCGCACGCAGAGCGUGAACACGGCCUUCACGGCGCUGCGCACGCUCAUCCCCACCGAGCCGGUGGACCGCAAGCUGUCCAAGAUCGAGACGCUGCGCCUGGCGUCCAGCUACAUCGCACAUCUGGCCAACGUGCUGCUGCUGGGCGACGCGGCCGACGACGGGCAGCCGUGCUUCCGAGCUGCAGGCAGUGCCAAGAGCGCGGUCUCCGCCGCCCCCGACGGCGGCCGCCAGCCACGCUCCAUCUGCACCUUCUGCCUCAGCAACCAGCGCAAGGGGGGAAGCCGUCGUGACCUGGGGGGCAGCUGCUUGAAGGUGAGGGGGGUAGCCCCACUUCGAGUGCCACGGAGAUGAGCCUGGAUCCCUGUGUCAUUUGCUCCAAGCAGGACCCUGAGAAGAAGGCCAGAGGCCAGCCACUGGGUGAACAGGGGAGAAGACCCCAGGAGCCAAACCUGGGUCCCUUCUUUGUGGAGGGACCAGAGGACAAUGACCUGGGCCCAUGACCCUCAGAGCAGGCCCCCUGGGACAUCUCCGCCCCACCCUGGAGAGCCGUGAGGACCCGUCCAGCCGGCCCCAGCCCUGGCUGGUCAGAGACAAGGCAGAUCCUUUGGAAAAACAUAGACUGUUGGUGACAGAGGAUGUGUGCAUCUAUGGAUGAGUGUGGGUGUAUGUGUGAGAGAGAGA